GAGAAAACACAAAAGCCCCUGGGAAGAGCAGGAGCUCCCACAGAACCCGAAACAAGAGGGGACGGGUUCGUGCCAGCAAAGACACGUCGAAGCUGCUCCUCUUGUACGACGAAGACAUCCUGGAGAGAGAUCCCCUGCGGGAACAGAAGGACCUGGCGUUUGCACAAGCCUAUCUCAGCCGGGUCCGUGAAGCCUUGCAGCACGUCCCUGGAAAGUACGAAGACUUUCUCCGCGUCAUCUAUGAGUUUGAGAUCAGCACGGACAAGCAAACGGCUGUGGAUCUCUACUCCACGUUACAGAAACUGUUGCAUGACUGGCCCCAGCUGCUCACAGAUUUUGCUGCCUUUCUUUUACCAGAACAAGCUUUGGAGUGUGGACUGUUCGAAGAGCAGCAAGCGUUUGAAAAAAGCCGCAAGUUCCUCAGGCAGCUGGAGAUUUGUUUUGCUGAAAACCCUGCCCACCAUCAAAAGAUCAUCAAAGUUCUGCAGAGCUGCGCCGACUGCCUCCCCCAGGAGAUCGCGGAGCUGAAGACCCAAAUGUGGCAGCUGCUGAAGGGACACAACCACUUGCAAGACGAGUUCUCCGUUUUCUUCGAUCACUUACGGCCCUCGGCCAGCCGCAUGGGAGACUUUGAGGAGAUUAACUGGACAGAAGAGAAGGAAUACGAGUUUGAUGGGUUUGAAGAGGUGUCUCUGCCAGAUGCCGAAGAGGAGGAUGAACCGCCCAAGAUGCACGCGGCCUCGAAAAACAAGAAGCGGAAAGAGAUGGGAGGCCAGAACAACGACAAGGAGGUCGAGUGGGUAGAUGGGAUGAAGGAAUGUUCAUGUUCCUGCCAUGAAGGGAGUAGCGAUCUCAAGCUAAAGAAAAGCAAAAGGAGGACCUGCAGCCAUUGUAGUAGUAAGGUGUGUGAAAACAAAUUUUAUAAAAACAAAGAUUCUCAAGAGCUGACGGAUCUCACCCGGAAGGGAAGAUUGUCUCCAGCAGGCACGCAUCUGCUGAAAAAGCCGCGCUGCCCGAUCGACAGGUUCAGGAGGCAGGUGGGGGUGCGGGAAGAGGAGCAGCAGCAGCAGCGAGUGACGGAGGCGACCGUGUGUGCCAAGAACAGCAAGGUCAGCUCGACGGGGGAGAAGGUCGUGCUCUGGACCAG